UGUAUAAUAAAAUUUUUGACGUUUCUCUUACUCGUGAGUAUCAAUUUUACAUACUCAAUUGAGAUUAGGCUUAGUCUAGUUAUUCAAGACAUCAUGCUCGUAAAGCUCGGUCGAAAUGUAACACCUCAAAUCUUAUUGAGAUACAACGCCUUCCAUUGAAUAAGAUUGCACAAAACAGCUGUCUAUCGCUUUGUUUAAUGAAUGCGCAAUCUAUACGAAACAAGACGGCUGACUUCGUUGACUAUGUCUGUGAAAAUAAAUUUGAUCUAGUUGCUGUUACUGAGACCUGGCUGCAAAAAGAUGAUGCAGUGCGUAUUGAACUGUGCCCAGCUGGCUAUAAAUUUGUUGAUCAUCCGCGUUUAAGACGAGGAGGCGGGGGCAUUGGCCUUCUUCAUCGUCACUCUUUUAGAGUUACUACAGUUAGAUCUGGCGAAGAAGAGUCUUUUGAUUACUCUGAGCUUCUGAUACAACUAUCAUCCUCUUGCAAGUUUAGGACUAUUAUUUUUUAUAGAUCACCGCCUUCAAAAGGCCAUAGGGUGUCUAUGAGCACUUUUCUGAGCGAGUUCUCUAAUUUCCUAGAAUCGGUCAUUCUAUCGAAGGAGUGCUUACUCAUCCUUGGGGACUUUAUCAUUCAUGUUGACGACUGUAUUGACGCUGAUGUUAUGAAGUUCCUUGAUUUACUGGAUUCACUUGGACUUGACCAGCAUGUCACGCAACCGACACAUAUCCAUGGUCGCACCCUCGAUCUUAUUAUCACACGCAAAAGAGAGUCACUUAUAAGGUCACUGCCACGUAGCUGUCACUACUUUUCCCAUCAUGCAGCUGUUCAUAGCAGUAUUCUGAUAGUGAAGCCUGUGAUCAAAGUUAGUAGAGUGACUUACAGGAAAACUAAGGAUGUGGAUCUGCACUGCCUUAGGCAGGAUCUAGCAGUGUCUGAUCUGUGCAAGAGGGAACAUGGCGAGCAUGUUAUACUAGUUAUGAAGUCGUGAUAAGCUCGUGUGUAGUUACAACACUGUUCUCAGCACCAUUACAAAUAGCCAUGCGCCCCUUAAGACGAAAGUUGUAAGAUCGAGGCCACAAGCCCCUGGUACAAGAUAUAGCUGAAGAUAUAGCUGAAGAUAUAGCUGAAGCGAAAAGAAAGCGACGUAGAGCUGAGCGAGUCUGGAGGAGAUCAAAGUCUGUUGAAGACCUUUUGGUGUUCAAACGAUUAAGAAAUCAUGUAACAUACAUCAGUAGUAAGGCACGUAAGGAAUUUCAUGUGAAAUUCAUACAACAUCAGGAGGGUGAUCAGCGCAAACGUUUUAGAGCAACCAAAGCUCUGCUCCUGCCGAAAAGUGAUUUAUGUUUUCCUGACUAUCAUAUUAACACAGCUCUUGCAAAUUAUAUCGGAAACUAUUUUCAUCGUAAGGCUGCUAAUAUUCGCAAAGAGCUUGAUGUUUUUCAUGUUACUCACGAAGAGCGGGCUAUGGUGAUUGAUGAUCCUGAGCUUAAUGCUGAACACGAAAAAUUAUCUAACUUUAAAGAACUCACACAAGAAAAUGUAAAUCAACUUAUUAGAGCUUUCAACUAA